UGUGAUCCUAUAUAAGUGGUCAUAAAAAUGGUUGUUCCACAUUGCUACAUUUACCUUAUAUUGCCUCUUCUAUGGAUAACAAAUGCAUCCGCCGUUACCAUCUUCAAUGUGAAUUAUAUGCCCAUGGAAGACAAGGUCAAAGGCCGCAAAUUAUCAGUAGCUGAUAUCCACCUAGGUGGAAAUGUACUUCAAUCUGGGAACUAUUAUGCUGAACUGAUACUUGGUGAGCCACCAAAAAAGUUCAUUGUGUUGAUUGACACCACAUCUAAUCUUCUGUGGGUUAAUUCUAUAUCUUGUAAAGAUUGCCCUACAAAAAGUGCAUCCAGAGUCCUGAGUUUCUAUGAUCUGGAGAAUUCACAGACUGGACAACUUUUACCAUGUAGUGAUGUUUUCUGCAAACACCUAUCCAGCUCCACAUCUAUUCCAUGCCAAAAAGACCAUCCAUGCAUUCACUUUGAAAAGUAUGGCACUGAAAAUUUGCUCCACGGAAAAAUUGUCCAAGAUUUUCUUGUACUUGAAAUUGUCAUCAACCAUUACAAAACAAGCAAAGUCAGAACUAAAGUUCAAUUUGGAAGCAUUUCUCAACACUUGAAAUCCUUAUCCUCAAGCUUUACAGUUGAUGGUGUGAUGGGCUUGGGGCCAUCCAAUACUUCUCUGGUGUACCAGCUGGCAAAGUCCCAAAAAUGGAAGAAAAUGUUUGCUCACUGCCUUGAUGGCAAAAGGAGUGGGGGCAUAUUUGUGUUAGGCCAUAUUGUGGGUCCAAAAGUUAGAAAAACUCCUCUGGAUCAAACAAGUUCUAGGUACCGAACUACUUUGCUGGAAAUAACUGUAGGAGAAACUUCUCUAAGCCUUUCAGCUGGAAAUGUUGAGAUAAAAAGUCAAAACAUGACAAUAUUGGAAACUGGUUCUCUGAUUUCUUACCUGCCAGAGAAAGUAUACCAGUCGUUUCUAGAUUCUAUAUUUUCUGAUCUUGAGGAUAUCAGUGUCAUAAACAUUGGAGGCUAUUCAUGUUUCCACUAUGAACGAAGUAUUGAUGCUAGGUUUCCAGAGGUUGUAUUUCACUUCAAGGAACUGCUUACUUUGCGAGUCUACCCUCAUGAAUAUAUGUUUCACAAUAUGGAGGUAUUUCGUAAAGAAACUAUGCUGUUGCUCAAAUAUGCACUGAGAAAAUAUUGUGAUGUAUAUUGUGUUAUAAACUGUUUCUCUUUAGGAGCACUAUUACUGUCUUGGGUUUUUGAGUUCAGAACAAAGGAAUCAUCGAGAGAAGGACUUGUUCAUUCUGGGCGGCAAGUUACUAAGCCUGUACUAGAAUUGUACUAUUUGAUGGUUUGCAUAUUUGACUUGGUGGUAGGUGGUAACUGCUUCUUGCGAUUAUAAACCUGUGGUGCAGGAAAUUUGUUCACUGAUAAAGUUGUUGUAUAUGACUUGGAUAAUAUGAUGGUUGGAUGGACCGAAUUUGAUUGUAAAUCCAGUGUGCAUGUGAGAGACGAACCGACAGGAAAAAUAUAUGAAGUUGGAUCGCACAGGAUGAACUCCGAUGUGAAGUGGGAUGAUGAAGACGUGUGGAGCCAUGAUAGAGUGAAGUUGGAAACUGAACAUACAACUCCAGCUGAUAACACGUCUGAGAAAACAGAAGUUCACAGUGGACUGCUUUCACGUUCAAGAACCAGGUUGCUUGCGAUGAUUGGUGCUCUGGUGUGUUACGCGAGACGGUCAAUAACCAAGCUGUUUGCGAUGAUUGGUGCGACCAUUUGUUACGGGAUUCUCUUGGCCACGUUGUUCCUCUGCACCACCUUCCGUCGAUCUACCAGCUGGAGAAAUAUGAGUAUGCUGAAAUGGUUGUUGGCUCUAGUUGUGGGGGAGAUUUUGGUUAUCAUUGUAGGGUUCAUAGUUUUGUAGACAAAGCACAUAGACAUUGUUUCCCACAGAUAUACAGUUUUGAAGAAAAAGUUUUACACGUAGUGGAUGACACAUACAACUGCAAACAGCCAGUUUGUAUAGUACCGCACAAAACACUGAAACAGGGGGUAGAGAAAGUUAACUGUACAUAUUUCCUUCCUGUUAAAAUUUGAAUGUUCCAUUGAUUGUAAAACUGAAACGAGGUUU